ACACACCACCAGACCGGGAGAGGCAAAGCGGAAUCCAUGGCGACGUCGAGCACGGAGAAGAAGACGGCGGCGGAGGUGGUCGCGGCGCUGGAGCUGCACCGCCACCCCCACGGCGGCUUCUACCUGGAGACCUUCCGCGACCCCUCCCUCGCGCUCCCCAAGUCCGCGCUCCCGCCCCAGUAUAAGGUGGAGCGUGCUGUGAGUAGUGCAAUCUACUUCCUCCUGCCUGCUGGGGAGAUUGCUCGGCUGCACCGCAUCCCUUGCGCUGAGACAUGGCACUACUACAUGGGGGAACCUCUCACGGUAUUUGAGGUGCAUGAUGAUGGGCAAGUUAAGAUGACAGUAGUCGGUCCUGAUCUACGGAAAGGGCAGAGGCCACAGUACACGGUCCCUCCGAACGUGUGGUUUGGCGCCUUCCUGACCCACGACAUCGAGUCCUUCACUGAUGACGGCAGUGUUUUUGUCAAGACACCCGGACGGGACCCUGACCUGCAUUAUUCUUUCGUUGGAGUGACCUGUGCUCCGGCAUACCAGUUCGAGGAUGAUGAAAUGGCCACACGCGAUGGCAUGAAAACUUUGGCUCCUAACGCGGAAGCUUUCAUUAAUUACCUUAUUCCAGCUUAGUGCAUUGCUGCUGCAAGUAGCUUGCUGUUUGCGGUGAACGUCUGUCUGCUUAUAAUUGAAUAUUAGGGGUGUGAUACGAUGUCAAAUUAUGCGACUUUGGAGAGUACCUUAGUAUGGUAGUUGAUGUUCAUGCAAUCAUGUUAUUAUAGUCAUGUAUGGAAGUUCUGUAUGGUUUGCUCU